AAAGGGCGCUGUUACAAUAGGUUUACUGUUACUCUGACUGAGAGCCGGGACACAAUAAGAGCGAAUGUUUUGGCCUGAUGAUCUCCCAUUCCUCUCCAUUUUUCACUUGAUGACAAGGAAGAAAGACUGAGACGGGACAGCAUGUUAUCAGAGGACGGCUCUGAAGUAACCUCACGGACUAAUGGGGCUUCUACUGCUGAGCCUGAUUCUCCGGUACUGGAUCAACACCGUGGAGGGAUCAUGUUCAGCUGGCAGCGCUGUGACUUGUGACCAGUGUGUGCAGCUCAGUCCUGACUGUGCCUGGUGCAGGCAGGAGAAUUUCACAGACUGGUUUUCAGUCACAGAAAGAUGUGACACACUGGAUAUCUUACUAGAAAAGGGAUGUGCCAGGGGCCAACUGGAGUUCCCCAUUUCCAAAGGCCAAAUCCUCCAGGAUCAGCUGCUCGGGAAGAAGACGCUUCAUUCCAACAGCACUCAGAUCUCCCCUCAGAAGAUGGCCCUCAAGCUGCGACCUGGCAGCCAGGUGACUUUCCAGGUUCAGGUUCAGCACACAGAGGACUAUCCUGUGGACAUCUACUACCUGAUGGACCUGUCGGCGUCCAUGUUCGAUGACCUGGAGAUGAUCAAAGACUUGGGCUCCACUCUGUCUAAAGAGAUGGCCAACCUCACCAGCAAGUUCCGAAUGGGCUUCGGCUCCUUCGUGGAGAAGCCGGUCCUGCCGUUCAUCAAGAUCACAGAAGAAGAGCUGGCCAAUCCCUGCAGGGAGGUUGGCUUCACCUGCCUGCCAACAUUUGGCUAUAAACACGUCUUGUCUCUGACAAGCAACACUGACAAGUUCAACGAGAUAAUCACCAUGCAGCAUGUAUCUGCAAAUGUGGACGUGCCGGAGUGCGGCUUCGACGCUGUCAUGCAAGCAGCAGUUUGUGGGGAGAAGAUAGGCUGGAGGAAUGACUCCAUGCGCUUGCUGGUGUUUGUCAGUGAUGCUGACUCACACUUUGGGAUGGACAGCAAAAUGGCGGGAAUUGUGAUUCCCAAUGACGGACAGUGUCACCUGGACGCCAACAAUGAAUACUCCAUGUCCACAUUGCAGGAGUAUCCGACUCUCGGGCAGCUGGUUGAUAAGGUGGUGGAGAACAACAUCUUGCUGAUAUUUGCUGUCACAGAAGAGCAGGAGCGCAACUACAGGAACUAUGCAAAUCUCAUACCUGGCGCCACAGUCGGAGUCCUGGCGACAGAUUCGCAGAACAUCCUGGAGCUGAUUGUAACAGCAUACAAAGAACUGCGUUCAGAGAUUGAACUCGAGGUCCUUGGAGACACAGAGAAGCUGCAGAUGUCCUUCACAACCAUCUGCCCAAAUGGGACCGUCCUGCCUGAUCUGAAACGCUGCUCCAACAUCAAACCGGGAGAGACGGUCGUGUUCAACGUGUCUGUGGAGCUUCCAGGAUGCCUGGCAGGAGUCCGGCACUUCUCCCUCAAACCGGUGGGCUUACAGGACAGCUUGGAGGUGGAGCUGGAGUCUCUUUGCUCCUGCGACUGCCAGCAGCCUCCUGAAGCCAACAGCAGCCAGUGCGCCGAGAGCCAGGGGGCUUUCCAGUGCGGCGUGUGCGUCUGUCAGCCGGGCUUCCUGGGAGCUCAGUGCGAAUGUAAUGAGGAGAGCGCUUUGUUGAGCAACUGCCGGGCCAACAAUGAGUCCGAGCUAUGCAACGGUCAGGGGGAGUGCUACUGUGGACAGUGCGUGUGUCAUGCAUCCAGCUUUGGCCGCAUCUAUGGAUCAUACUGCGAGUGUGACAAUUACUCCUGUGUUCGCUUCCGUGGGGAGCUCUGCGGAGGUCACGGAGUGUGCGACUGCGGGGAGUGUCGCUGUGAAAGCGGCUGGACGGGGGAGUACUGUAACUGCAGCAGCAGCACCGAGGCCUGCACGUCGGAGGAUGGCGUCCUCUGCAGCGGCCGGGGGAAAUGUGAAUGUGGCCGCUGUGUCUGCUCUGUAGCCGGAGCAUCUGGGGACAAGUGUGAGAAGUGUCCGACGUGUGGAGACGCCUGUAGCUCUGCAAGGGCCUGUGUAGAAUGCCACCUUCAAGAUAAGGACGACGCUGAGUUGUGCGAUCAGAGGUGCAGCGCUCCUAAAAUUUCCAUCAACACAACAGCAGAUUAUGACAAGGGCCCUUCUACACCGUGCACGCUCAUGAUGGAAAAUGAGUGCUGGGUGUCAUUUCAUGUGCUACAAGACGAGACGGGGACCUCCGCCUACAACCCGCAGAUUUAUGGAUGCCCGGAGCCUCCCAACAUCCCCAUGAUCAUUCUGGGGGUCUCGCUUUCCGUCGUGUGCAUCGGCAUCAUCCUGCUGGCUGUGUGGAAAGUGCUGGUGUCGGUCCACGAUCGGAAAGAGGUGGCCAAGUUUGAGGCUGAGAGGGCAAAGGCGAAAUGGCAGUCGGGGACCAACCCUCUGUUCAGAAGCUCCACAUCCACAUUUAAAAAUGUAACUUAUAAGAACACGGAGAGAGAAAAGAUAAUUACAAUGGAUCACUACUGAUGAUAAACUGGAUGUCAAUGCAAACCAGCAUCUGAGUGCACUUAAGUGUGUGUGUGCGUGAGACUGAGAGAGAAAAUUUUAUACUAAAUUAGAUUUUGUAUGAGUCUCUGUGUUGAUUCAGAGACGACAGAACACAGUAGAACACUGUGAACAAACACUACAUGAUGAACUUGCUGCUGUAAACGUGCACUGCCGUUGUACUGACUGUUAAACACUGAACUUUUAUGUUGCAUGAUGCCACGCAAGAAUUUGUGUGUAUGUGUAACAUGCAGCUUGGAGAGGAGGGGUCUACAUUAUGAGUGGUCUACUACUGAACAAAAACUUUAUUGAAAUGUAUGUAAAUAUACAGGUGUAUGAUGUUUUUUUAAUAUAAAGCAAGGCUGAGCCUUUAAUGUUAAUAACUUGUUGUUUGGGGUCUUUUAGUGGCAUAAGGCACAUAAAUAAAGUUGAAUUUUGA